UUUCCACGCGACUGGUAUUUUGGAGGAAAAAAAGUAAUUUCCUUUUUUCUUGAAACAACAAUAAUCAUUCACACUGGUCAUUUUAUAAACCUUUCUUCUUCUUUUUUUUUUUUUUUUUUUCUAAAAGAAAAUAUUGCCUUUUAAUUAUAAUAAGAUCACGGGCUUGUGCGCGUUUUAGCAACCGGCAUAAGUUAGCACAAGACUUGAUGGCGGGAAAUUAAAAAAGAAAAAGAAAGGCUUUGGACAGAUACUUUUAACCCUUAAUUCCCAAACUUUUGAUGCUAAGGAAGUGACUGCAGAAAAAGUAUUGUUCUUGUUAUGGAGAAAUACUUGCUUCCUCAGAAGCCUUCACCUAAGCGCGUUCAGAGAAGACAUGAAUGGAAGAGGAGCCUAAUCGAAUUGCAAGGGAGGUUUGAACCUAAGUACCGUCACCAUCUUUCUGCUUUGCUCAUUCAAUCCUACACCGAGAUUGGGGCAUUUCCACAUUUUUAUCAUGUUGAUGGAGUUCCAUGCCAAACUCAUCUGAAUCGCCUUGCUCGUGCUGUGAAUAUGGAUCCACCAUUUCCAAUUACAAGUCAAGGCAUCUCUGCAUUGGAAUUUGACACCAAGGGAAUUUACCUAGUAUCUGUGACUAAAUCAGGGUGCUUAACUGUGCAUGACUUUGAAACUCUUUAUUGCCACACUAGUGGCUUGGUCCCGUUAGGCUUAAAAGAAGAUGAAAGCAAGCAUGUAUUGCACCUAUCUCUGAAUCGACAACUUGAUGUUGUUCGUUGGAAUAUUGCUAACCAAGAUGAGGUUGCUUGCACAUCUAUGAAGAAAAAUGAAGUACUCAUUUUUGACAUUGGCUAUAUUUCUUCUGAACCAGUUGAAGUUCUAAGAACUAGGCGUACUGUCACUCUUCAUGGGUCUGAUGUUCAUAAAGGUCUAACGGAUAUAGCUUUUACUAUAUUCGACAAAUCAAGGUUAAUUGCUUCUGAUACCAAUGGCAUGGUGAAUCUAUGGGAUAGAAGAAUGGGUGUUCUUCCAUAUCUUGAGCUUACAUCUAAUUGCCGUAGCACAAUCAACAGUAUCCAAGUAAAUGUAGAAAAUCAGAUAGUUUUUGGGGCUGGUCGGCAUGGAACAAUAUACAUGUGGGAUCUCCGAGGAGGAAGAUCAUCUUCUGGUUUUCAAAGUCAUAAAGAGGUAUGCCACCCACCCAUAACAAGUUGGAAGGUAGCAUCGAUGUUAGAAAAAAUUGGGACUUUAAAGGCACAAUCAGCUAUUGUCCCCAAAGAAGUGCACUCUAUUGAUUUUGAUCCAUCUUGUCCAUAUCAGUUGGCAUUCCAUCUUGAUGAUGGUUGGUCUGGAGUUCUGGACAUUUAUAACUGUCAAGUUACGCACGUCCAUUGCCCUCCUCCAGCUUGGCUGAAUGAUUCCAACAUUUCAGCCGAUCUGUUAUACUUGAGAAAACCAUCAUGGCUACCAACAUAUUCUAUCUAUGCAGUUGGCUCGUCAUCUGCCAAUGGCAUUCAUCUUUUAGAUUUUUAUCCUGACCCUAGCUCUCCCUGCCACGUGGACUACAGCAUGGAUAUAGAGAGGCAUUCUUCAGCAAACAACCAAGAGAAACAAAAUAAGUUUGUUCCAUUGUCUGAAGCUGUUACUGCUUGUGCUGCACAUCCCAUCAAUGGUGCUAUCAUAGCUGGAACUAAGAAUUCAUCUUUGCUGGUUGCAUCCCAACAUAAGCAGUCAACCUGAAGCAAAAUCAGCAUCAAUGAUUCGUAGAGAGAUGACAGAUCCAGUUUUUGAGCAUAUUUACCAUGUCGCUCUUACUUCAGAUACUGAUCAGAUGGUCUGAGUACAAGGAGCGCAGCAACUUUAGAGGAGGAACAUCCUUGAAUUAUAAACAUCAGUUGAGGACGAUCCUAUAACCCCAUUUGUGCUGUACAUGCUGAAUAAAUUAUCAAUUAGGAUGUGUUGCCUAAUUAUGUGCAUUUGUGAUGCAUUGUAAAAAGAAAGAAAAAAGGGGGCAAUAGAAAGAAAUAUUUGCACAAGGUGGAACAAACUAAGCAGACAUGUAGCAGUUCAUUUUAUUUCGAACUCAUAAAAGCUUGGGAAAAUAACUGGUGCUUGGAUGGAUGUCGCGUAUGGUUUUCUGACAGAGAGGAAGGAUAGGAUAGGAGGAUUGCUGCAGUUGGUCAAGUAAAAAAUGGGUGAUGUUUGAGUGCAAGUGAAAAAAUCAGGGGUAAUACGAACAUUGUCAUAUGAGGUUAUAAUUAUGAGGUCCGUCUCUGUUAUAUCCAUUAUCCAUACCUUAGCUAACCCAUGUGAAACUUCCUCGCACCUGCAUCAUUCAUUCCUUAUACCAGGAGUUUCGAUUAGAAUCUUACAAUAGUUAUUAUGAGGUAUGUUUCAUUAGUCUUGUCUUUUACAAAUUGAUUUCAUCACUACAAAUUUUCUUUCAGGCGUUAGUAAUAUGUCUAAAAUCAUUAAAAGGAAGACGAAAAGAAAAAUGAUCAGUGACAGGGGAUGACGGAGUACUGGAGUAAGGUAGUCAAUUCCACAAUCAUUCAAAUAAUUAAUGCCCUCUAAACUAAAAUUUGAUAAGAAGGAAGAAAGAACGGACUCAAAGCUAGUCACUCAUACUCAUGGUAUUACGUAGUCAACCUGGCACCAAGGAUGGUUUCAAAUUCAAACUGAUUAGAAUUUUCAAAUAACGAGUGAGAGAGGCGGAUGACAAUUACCAUUUCCGGCACCAAUUCCAGCAUCUCCUUUACACUAAUAGUUUGCCUACUCUACUAAGUGAACAAAUAUUUCAUUGCAACAACAAAAUAUUCAAACUUAAAUUAUUUGUUUUUGCAGAAGAGUCAAAUCAGCAUCACAGAAAAGAAUAUGGAUUUUGGGAAGCAUCCAAGAGGAUUAAGUAUAUGAUCUUAGCAAUUGAAGGGAGCAUUUGUACUGUUUGAAAAACAUGAGUAUAAAGAUUGGUCAUUGUGUAAUAAGGUUAUCUAAUUCUAAGCAUAGUUUGUGAAAUUUAUUUUGUUGAUA